AUGACUGACGUGGAAAUGCGCGACGUGGAUGAUGAUGACAUCUCGGUCACGUCCACCGUGCCCAGUGAGCAAGAAUCGGAAUAUGAAGUCGAGGCCAUCUUGGCAGAACGGACUCAAGAUGAUCAGCCCAUGUACCUGGUCAAGUGGGCGGGAUAUUCCAUUGAACGCGCCACCUGGGAACCCGCGGAGUCUUUCUUUAACGAUGAGAGCUUUUUGGACUGGAAAAGGAAAAGAAAGGCCAUCGCAGAGGGGAAGCAACCUGAGUUUGAUCUGGUCAGCUUCGAAAACCAUCUGAUUGCCUUGGAGGAUGCGCAGGAGAAGCGGAGUCGCAGGCGCGAGGCCAAGAGGAGACGGUUAGGCCUGUCCCGCGAGCAAACAGAUGCUGGGAAAAAGCAACGCGUCGACGGCGCAGCCUCGCCUGCUUCCUCAAAUCAUCCUUCUUUCAACAACUCAGACUCAGGAAACGCAAGAAUGAAUCCUCCAUCUCGUCCUACUGCCAUGAGACACAUCCCCCCGAAACCUCCGAUGGUUCUAUUUGGAAGUGGUCAGAACCGGCAUGGACCAUGGAUGGCAGCUCGCAACAAGAACAGAAAGCCUGAUGAGCCGGAUAAGCAAUUUAGUAACCUCUCAACCAAAUGGCGAUUUGAAAAGGCCAAAGGCUACGAACCACCUCCCAACAUCAACCAACUCGAGCUCAUUCGUCCGUCAGAUUGGCCUGCGCGAACAGGUGCCCCUGUUGCUACCCUCAAGGUUGCGGACCAUCUAGUCGACUCUCCCAUAGGGGGCUCUCCUGUGGCUUCGCCAGUAGAAAGAAACAACCCUUUCUCGGAUAGCUAUCGUCCAUCCAGUCCGGCACCAGGCCUUCGCCGUCAGCUUACGUCGGACUCGUGGAGACCAGAAUCAUCUCCGCCAAGGGCUCCACGUGUACCUGAAAGACAGGCAUUCCGUGACUCAUGGAGGUCGGAAUCCCCUCGCACACGGCGUCCGCCUUUACCGGAAAGACAAGGUUCACGAGAUUCGUGGAGAACCAGUUCAUUUCACGCGCGAGAUGCCUUCAGCCCCGAAAGACCGGCACCCGAUUCACGGAGGCCAGAAUCUACCUUCUCACGAGACCGCCCUGGCACUCCUGAUGAACGAAAUUUUUCUCAAUUGCAAAUAGAAAAUGACGGUGCUCGCAGUCAAUGGCUCAGUGAAGAACCAAUACCACCACUCCCUCCAAGACGGCCCAUGACAAUCAAAGGUGCCAACUUCCGUCGGGCCAGGGAUGAAAACUCUCAAACCAGAUUUUGGAACCAUGGCGAGGUUUUCGUCAACAUGUAUCUUGGACCAGAGAAAAGGUUUAUAGGACCGGUUCGACUGUGCGGGUUGAGUUCCAUGUCAAGGUCCAGGGUUAUACAAUCAAAGAAGGACAGCAAGAUAGAUGUCUGGUUCCAACAGAUCUGCACACUCGAUGAAUACAGAGAGCUGUGCAAUAGAUCAAAAACCAAUUUCCGGUACGAUAACGGUUGGAUCGAGGGGUACGACGAUACGGAACCGGAUGUUUACAGGACAGGACAGGCACUCCAACGGGGUAAUUUUCUCGCGAUCGCGUACCCCGACGAACCGACCUGGGGUAAAAACGUGCUACUUGCGUACUCGCCUUCUUCGUUAGAUUUCGACUUCCUUCGCAAUGACUUCAAUUUUUCUCCGGACACGUUUCUUCAUUUAACUGUUCGAAACCCCUUGGCAUACCUGGACAGACCGACAGCUUCAAACAGGAUUUUCCGGGCAAUCCCUGCACGAAUGACGGAACUGCAGGACAACCUCCCGACUCCGACGGAACAGAGGGUUGAGAAAGACCUGCUGGAAGCUCAGAUUGCCCAAGAACUGCAACUGCAGCUUCCCGCGGAUGCCAGCAAUCGCGUCGAAACUCCAGUGCUUCCUCAGGAACAGCCCAUGGAAAGUGACGAGCCAGCACUUGUUCAGGAGAAACCUUCGGCCCAGCAACAACUCCAACAGCAGCAACUGUCCGUGGCGAACUUCGACGUAGAUGACUACUUCAGAAAUGUGUUCAAAAUGACAUUCGACGUGCUUGCUACGAAUAAUGGCGUUGAGAAAGGCCGUGCUCAGGUUUUCUACCUGAUGUGCCCGCCUGAGAAUACAUUAGCCCAAGACGAAUGCGGAAUCAUCGUUGAGUUUCUGAAAAAGCAUGAAGCCGUCAUAUUUUCCAGCCGCCUUGAGGAGGAUUGGGAGCGGUUUGUUCGGACCAUCAACCGUGGUGUUGUGCUGUUCCAUGACAGCUUUGUCAAUUACGAUACCAUGUUUAGCCUCCGCGGCCUCAUCCACAAAUCAUUCACAUUCUGGUCCUUUUCCCUAACUGGAAUAGGAGAGGGCGACAACAAGACUUAUUUCCAGCGGCUCUUCCCCCAUGGCGGGGUCAUUCUCUUGACAGAAGACUUUAUGGUCCGUGAACCAGAUGCCACAGUCAUCAUCCUGGCCUGGUUCUACGACUGGACGAAGAAGAAGUUCCCAGGCAGUUGGAAGAUGAUGCUACGCCCGAAUGUUCUUGAAUGGCUCUUGAAGCAGCCAGAGCCUGCGGAAAAGCAGCGGCAGGGAGUCUGGCUCGCAAUGUACAGCCUAAUCGCCCAACUCAGCACCACCGACAACGGCACCUUACUCACCCACUCCGAACCCCUCGACGGCAUCCACGACGACUGCCCCGAAAACCGCGUCAUCUCCCCACCCACCAUCCCCCUCUACGGCUCCCGCACCGAAGCAGACACCAGGGGUCUGGUCACGCAAGAACAACGCGACACAGACCAUCUAGCUGAAUUCUUCGCUGGCUGGGCACUCGUCAACAGCCAUCGCUUUAGACGGUUUACGAUUCUCACGACGAAGCCGCUGAAGAGUUGGAAUUUGUGGAAUCAUGUUGAUGUUAAGGAGACGGCAAUGGACUUUUUCAAGGCGUAUGGGGUUGAUUAUCGGACGUAUUGGAGUCGGUUGAAGGGGAAGGCGUCGUCGUCGUCUUCAUCUUCGAAGGACAACAAGCAGGGUGCGGAUUCGCCGAGCAAAUCCGAUGCGGUUAAGAUGGGGUCUGCGCAGGGUCCGGCGCGGUUGUAG